CCGUUAAUUGAAAAUGAUAACAUUUGAGUAACCUUAAUAUAUCACCACAACGUUAGUACUAUAAAUACCAUAGUUACUCUAAGCAUUUCAUCCACAACAUUCAAACAGGGACAUAUUAGAAUCAACAGAAAAUUCAAGUGGUGAAAAAUGGGUUUAACACUCAAUUGCAAGCUUGCCUUUUUCGCUCUACUAGUGUUAGGAAUGUGGGCUUCCCAAGCCACAUCUCGUGACCUGAACAAAGCCUCGAUGAUCCAGAAACACGAGCACUGGAUGGCUCGCUUUGGACGUGUGUACAGAGAUGAUUUAGAGAAGGCAAAAAGGUUCAAAAUAUUCAAGGACAAUGUUGAUUACAUUGAGUCGGCCAACAAGGCUGGAAUUAGGCCUUAUAAAUUGGGCAUCAAUGAAUUUGCAGAUCUGACAAAUGAGGAAUUCAAAGCCACUCACAACGGAUACAAAAUGUCUUCUUAUCAAGAGUCAUCAAAAACCAUAUCAUUCAGGUAUCAAAAUGUGACUGCUCCAACUACCAUGGAUUGGAGGACAAAGGGCGCCGUUACUGGAAUUAAGGAUCAAGGGCAAUGUGGAUGUUGCUGGGCAUUUUCCGCUGUUGCUGCUACUGAAGGGAUCAACAAGAUCAAAACUGGUAAAUUAAUCUCUUUAUCUGAGCAAGAACUCGUGGACUGCGACACAAGUUCAGAUAUGGGAUGUGAGGGAGGUCUCAUGGAUGAUGCUUUUACGUUCAUCAUUAAGAACCACGGGCUUACUACUGAAUCGAAUUAUCCAUACAAGGGAACUGAUGGCACUUGCAAAACUAGAAAGGAAUCCAAUGAUGCUGCUAAGAUUACUGGUUAUGAAGAUGUCCCAGCCAAUAGUGAAUCUGCUCUGUUGAGUGCUGUUGCUAACCAACCAGUAUCUGUCGCCAUUGAUGCUAGUGGAUCAGAUUUUCAGUUCUAUUCUACUGGUGUUUUUACUGGAGAAUGUGGAACUGAGUUAGAUCAUGGUGUUACCGCAGUUGGAUAUGGAAAAGCUAGUGACGAGACAAAGUAUUGGUUAGUCAAGAACUCGUGGGGGACUAGCUGGGGCGAGAAUGGUUAUAUUAGAAUGCAAAGAGACGUUGAUGCUGAGGAAGGGCUUUGUGGAAUUGCUAUGCAAGCUUCUUAUCCAACUGCUUGAAUAGCUUCGAAGCUUUGUGGGAACUUGCCGUUGAUUCUUCUAUGAACACUAUUGUUGUUCACCUUGUUCAUAUAUAUUUUAUGUGAUGUGUUCACUAUGUAUGUUACAAAAUCGUUGCAUGUAAAUUCUAAGUGUUAAACAAAAGUUUGUAUUUGAAAAGUUUCAGCAUUCAAGAAUGAAGUGCAGAUUUAUCUACU